UUUCUUCCAUCACCAAAUUGAAAAGAAUCACAAAGGCAAAAACUCCCCAAUCUGUGGAAUUUCCGGACAUUUGUAGUGACGAGUUAUCAGCGAACAGCAUGUCGAAGCUAAGGAACCUCUUGCCUACAAUCUUUGGCGGGAAAGAGGGACAGAAUCCGCCACCCACUGAGGGACGCCUGGAAAAAGAUGCAGCGCCUGUAGACGACAAUGAGAUAGAUAACAACAAUAGCGGAGCCCUAGCGCUGCCUUCUUCCAUUGGCACGCCCACUGCCUCCGCGGAUCUUACGGAAUCUGUGCUCCGCGAGCUCAGUGAUCCCAACUAUAAUUCCAUGGACGUUGUACAUUCCGCCAAUAUUCCGGGUACCCUAAGCAACACCCAAACGAACAACACAAUGAACGUGCACAGUGCCCAGCAACAGGUGGUCAUGAACUUCUCUAAUGCCAGUAAUCUACAUUUCGGCUCCGUCUACAACUUCAACCAGAACUUGAGCGCCACUAGUUCCCGAAAGGGCAGCUGCAGUGCCACGGACGAACCUAUCGCAUCCCCAGAUGGAAAACAGCGACCCACUGUUGCUCGUAAAACGGUCAGCAUUGUGGCCAUGAUGCAGUCGCAGGAGGAACCCGAUGUUCGUCUGCUUGAUGUGGUGUCCACACAUUUGGGAGAGGGUUGGAAACAGGUGAUGAGGGAUCUUGGCCAGUCAGAGGGACAGAUCGAUCAGGCCAUAAUUGAUCACCAAAUGCACGGCAAUAUUAGAGAGGUAAUUUACCAGCUUUUGCUCCAAUGGGUUCGGAGCUCGGAGAACGGUGUGGCCACCGUCGGACGAUUAACAACCUUGCUGUGGGAGUCACAGCAUCGUGAUUGCGUGCAGCGUAUGAAACUGGUUUGGAAGGCACUGGAGAAGCGGAAGACAAACAGCUAGCCAGUGAGAGGAACUCAUUAGCAACGAUUCCAAAACGAAAACGAAGCAUUCGGCGCAGCCUCUCGAUGUCCAUGUCAGCGGGAGUGUAGAGAUCGGAAAGGUUGAGCCCCACUGAAAUAUGCCAGAUCCAAAACGUGGAGCGGUGGAAUGAGAAGACCCAUCCGGCAAUAUGUGUGCAAUAUUUGUUUUAUUAAUUCAACCCUUCGAAUAAGUGCCUUGAUGAUUGCAUUAACUAUUCUUACAACAGUUUUAUCUCUAAGAUGUGAUAUUUGAGUCGAAAAUGUAAUUAGCAAUUGUAGUUUCCAUUUUUGUAAAGUGCAUACAAAUAGAAGCUUUAUUGUUACGUAA